AUGGCGAAAGAAACUAACCAACAAACAAAGAACUUAUCCUAUCCUUUACUCAUGCCCACCAUCUUCAAUCUGGUAGCUCCUGCCCUUGGCACAAUACUUCAUUCGGAUAUUCCAAACCCUAGAGCCACCUCAAUACCAUUCGUUGAAGGUGAUGAAGAAGAUGAUGAGGAAGACAGUGAUGAAGAUGAUGAAAAAGAUGAUUGUGAAGAAGAUGAGGAAGAAGAUGAUGAAGAAGAUGAAUGA